AUGCAACAGCCAAGGGUUGCGCCGCCGGCAGCGGAAACCAACAAUGGCAACGCUGCCAUCCCUCCCGCAAUGCAGGCGACGAGUGUCGCUCAGACUACGGCCCUCGAGACCCCGAAUAGCCGGCCGGUGACGGGUGGAGAAGGGGAAGAUCAGCAGACUCCCCGGGCGCUUGCGGUCACGGCCCUCGAACGGCAACAAGCUCAGGAUGACAACCCUGUUGAUAAUGGUACCAUCCCCUCCCCUACCACUCCCUUGGACGGCCGUCAGGUCGUCGGGGGGCUGGACGAUACUGAUGACGAGGAAAUCAUCGGCGCUGAAAACGACGAGGCUGGAAUGCUUCUCUUCUAA